UGUGAAGUGCGUCUGGCACAGAAGAGAGGUCGUCUGGACAAUAACAUGGGGGGUGUGGCUUCGGAGGAUGAGGAGGGUGAGGAAGGAGACUCUGACUCUGAUGAAGAGUCGUCAGCCAAGGCCCGUUACUCCGGUUACGUGAAGCAGGGGCUGUACUACGUCACCGAGAUGGAACGCUUCGCGCCGCCACGGAAACGUCCCCGCACCGUCGUCAAGAGUUACCGUCUGGUCAGCCUACGCUCCACCACGCCUGAAGAGCUCUACCAAAGGAAGAUAGAUAAUGAGGAGUAUGGGGAGGCCCUUUCCCUGGCCCAGGCAUACGGCCUAGACUCAGACCUGGUCUACCAGAGACAGUGGAGGAAGAGCACUGUCAGCAUCGCCUCCAUACAGGACUACCUGAGUAAGAUCCAUAAAAGGUCGUGGGUGCUCCAUGAGUGUGUUGAACGCGUCCCAGAGAACGUGACGCUGCCAUGA